AUGCUUGUUUGCUGGGAUGGCACCUACGCUCAACGUCUCUGGUGUGUAUUGGAGAUGGAAGACGACAAGGCUUUGAUCAUCCGGCCCGUGAGUUGGGGACCGACGGUUCUGCUGCUCUUUCUUGGCCAUUGGGUUUUCAUUGUGACAUACCAAGUGGGCGUUACUUUCUUUGCCAGCCUUCAGCUGGACAUGGCGCACCUCUGGCUAGCAAUGUCAGGACUCAUGGCACUGCCCCAUGUAAUCAUCCUUCCCGUCGUCCUCCAUGCGUGGCGCAGCCAGAUGAGGGGCAUCGAGACGGUCCAAGAACAGCUGCGUCGCUUCGACUUCUACCGAGAUACUGCAUGCCACUGCUGCGCUGUAAAGCACAUACACCCUCAAUCCGGAAAAAUGAUGCUGUGCGACAGAAAGAUCCUUGCAGAAAGUGUUGCUACGUGGUUUGGCUCCGUUUCGGACUUCGAGACUGUCGUCCAGGAAAAGGUCUCGGUGGUGUUCCAGGAGAAAUUCCAAAAGUAUCCUCUACCUUACGUUUGGAUGGCAGCGGCGGCCAUUCCCAAUAUCUGGAUGGCAUUCCCAGACUUCGGGCACAUGAUAGCGGCCGGCCAGUACACGACAGCUGCCGCCCAUGCCUACGGCGCCUUGUCGUGGUGGCUGGCAGGCUACCAAGCCAUCCUACUUCUGGAGCUCAGACUCGCGCAUAGGUUGCGGCGGCAGCGGAGCCGAUGGUGGUGCGACAUGCUGCUGAACAUCUGCAUAGGACUAGUCUGUGCCCUGGUGUUUGUCGUGGUCAUGAUGACGGAACUCCUUUUCAUGCUGGCUCUGGGAGAGAAUUCGGGUCAGGUUCUGUACUAUUCUUUGCUGAUUGUGCUGGCAGUUGCCGUUUGGCGUCGCUGA